UCUCAGCAGCAGCAGCAGCAGCAGAGCAGAGCAGAGCAGCAGAGAGGCCGAAGAGAGAGGGAGAGAGAGAGCGCAUCGGAGCUCUCGGAGGGGGCCUCGUCUGCCAUUGCAUCUGCCUUUGUUUCAGUCGCAGCUGCGUGAACUCCGAGGUCGUCGAGGUUUGUUCGAUCGAGAGGGUUGGAGAUAUGGCAGCCGCGAAGGUGGUGGAGCCUGCUCCGUCGGUGAUCGAUCCCACGCUCAGAGAUGAGCUGGACAUUGUGAUUCCCACCAUCCGGAAUUUGGACUUUCUGGAAAUGUGGAGGCCGUUUUUCGAGAACUACCACCUGAUUAUCGUUCAGGACGGUGAUCCCACCAAGACCAUCCACGUGCCCGAAGGUUUCGAUUACGAGCUGUACAAUCGGAAUGACAUCAACAGAAUUCUCGGCCCCAAGGCCUCGUGCAUCUCGUUCAAGGACAGCGCCUGCCGUUGCUUCGGGUUUAUGGUUUCUAAGAAGAAGUACAUCUUCACAAUUGACGAUGACUGCUUCGUCGCCAAGGAUCCCACCGGCAAGGACAUUAAUGCCCUCGAGCAGCACAUCAAAAAUCUGCUGACCCCAUCGACCCCGUACUUCUUCAACACGCUGUACGAUCCCUUCCGUGAUGGCGCUGACUUCGUCCGAGGUUACCCCUUCAGUCUGCGUGAGGGAGCACCUACCGCCAUCUCCCACGGAUUGUGGCUUAACAUCCCCGACUACGAUGCCCCGACCCAGCUCGUGAAGCCGGCCGAACGGAACAAGAGGUAUGUUGAUGCUGUCAUGACGAUUCCCAAGGGCUCUCUGUUCCCCAUGUGCGGCAUGAACCUUGGCUUCAACAAGGACCUGAUCGGGCCGGCAAUGUACUUCGGUCUUAUGGGAGAUGGUCAACCCAUCGGGCGAUACGACGACAUGUGGGCAGGAUGGUGCUGCAAGGUCAUUUGCGACCAUCUUGGUUACGGUGUGAAGACCGGUUUGCCGUACAUCUGGCACAGCAAGGCCAGCAACCCUUUCGUUAACCUGAAGAAGGAAUACAAGGGCAUCUUCUGGCAGGAGGAGAUCAUCCCCUUCUUCCAGGCCGUCACUCUCCCCAAGGAAGCGACGACGGUAGAGCAAUGCUACAUCGAGCUGUCCAAGCAGGUGAAUGAGAAAUUGACAGGAAUUGACCCAUACUUCACAAAGUUGUCGGAAGCUAUGGUCACGUGGAUUGAGGCUUGGGGAGAGCUGAACGCCCCUGACAGAGUUUCCACUGAUGGACCCUCCAAGACCGGUACCAGAGUAGCAAAGUGAACGAUAUGACGACACCUCCUAACUUCAGCACGUAAACUUCUGAAAGCGUUCUUAUCUAUCAUUGAAGGUGGACUCGAAUGUGCAGCUCGUAAUACUUGAACAGAAGCAGCGCAGGAAUGAUUCAGAAUCUUCACCCUUUUACAUGGGCCGUGCUUUUUUUACUCACAGGUGGUCACCACUUUAGAUAAAGUAGUAGUUCAGAAAUCCAGCCCAGUUCCUUGCUGUCGGGAAUCAGCCGAUAGGGCAAUUAGCGCUCUCCCUUUGCAGCUGCGAGAUAAGACAGUACAUACCACCUGAUUGCUUGUGCCACAAAAUCUUGCUUAGAAUGCACGUGGCGCACCGAUCUAAUUUCUGCAUGGUAAAUGCCAUUCUUUCUUUGCUUACAGAAUUCAAUAAAAAAUUCAUUUCGUC